AUGAGUAAUAAUUUGCAUGAAUAUGGUGUUGCGGAAGAUAACGAACGCAACGCUGCAGAAGAUAGUGAACGGAAUAGAGAUAAUAGUGGUGAGAGUGAGAAUGAAUCAAGUGAAGAAUUGCUUGGUUUGCGGAUGCAAGAGGACAGUGAUAGUGACACCGAAGAUUCCUCUAAUGAGAUGAUUGCAUUUCGGGUCGGCCAAGCUUUUAGUAGUAAAGAUAGUUUCAGAAAGGUGAUUGACAAAUAUGUUGUGGAUAUGAAGAGAAAUAGACGGUAUAAGAGAUCUGAAACUAUUAAAGUAAGCGCUAUUUGUGCAGAAAAAGGAUGUCCUUGGAAUAUAUAUGAGUCCAUAAACAGAUCAAGUAAAGAUAUGGUUUACUGUGAUGCUGUUGAAAAUAAUAUAAGUAAAUCUUUUAACAAUGUGAUCAAUGAGAGACUGUUUAAACCACUAGUUGGGUUGCUUGAAGAUAUUAGGAUACAUGUAAUGAUAAGCAAUGAAGGAAAUAUACGCAUGAUAAAUGGAUACAAAGGAGAGAAAAAAGUAAAAGAUUGCACUCUAAUUUGCGGUGGAAGAGGUUGGUAUGAGGUUGAUUAUGGUAGGGACAAAUGUAGUGUUAGUGUAAGAAAUGAAAUUUCUUGCACGUGUCGUCGAUACAAGGUCAGUGGUAUCACAUGCUCUCAUAUGAUCUCUGCUUUAUUAAAUGAGAAUAUAAGUGUUCGUAUCCCGGAAUCAUUAGUUUCUAAAUGGUUUUCAAUUCCUAAAUGA